AUGGCUGAUCAAGCACAAGCACAGGCACCAACACAAGUAGUGGACAGCAAUGGAUAUAUUCAGGUCGGUGAUGGACCGCUGUGGGGCAGGAUGGUGUCACUCAAUCCAAAGUAUCCAUCGAUCGAGCUGAGACAGAAUACGGUGAUCUUUGGAAGGACGCCCGCGCUGUGCCAGGUCACAUACAAUCUGCCGACGGUGAGCGGUCGCCACUGCAAGGUGUUCCGCGACCCCACCGCCAAGCAGAACAUCGUCUUCCUCGAGGACACCAGCACCAACGGCACGUUCUACAACAACGAGCUGCUGGGCAAGAACAGCAAGAUCCUGAUCAACAAUGGCUGCGAAGUGGGCAUCAUCCCCAAGCGCGCUGAGGAGCGCAUCGCAUUCAUCUAUCAGGACUGCGGCGAAGAGGCUGGCGAGAUCGAACAGGGCGGUCCCCAAGAGGCCUAUGACAUGCGAGAUGUGCUGGGCACGGGCAACUUUGCCACCGUGCGUCUGGCCGUGAAUAGACAGACGGGCGAGCGAUACGCAAUCAAGGUGAUCGACAAGAAGAAGAUGUCCAUGACAUCAAAGCGCAAGGAUGCACUCAUGGACGAAGUCAACAUCCUAAGCAAAGUGGCCAAUGAGAACAUCGUCGGUAUCAAAGAGGUCUUUGAGACUCGCAAGUAUCUCUAUCUAGUGCUCGAGCUCAUCACUGGAGGCGAGCUGUUUGACAAGAUCGUCGCAGAGACUAACUUCCCAGAGGACGUGUGCAGAUAUAUCAUGCGCCAGAUAUGUAGCGCGGUUAAGUAUCUUCAUCAGAAGGGCAUUGCCCAUCGUGACUUGAAGCCCGAGAACAUAUUGCUGGCCAAGCCAGACUCGUUCCAUGUCAAGAUCUCAGACUUUGGCCUGAGUCGAGCGUUGGACCAAGGCAGCUUCAUGCAGACAAUGUGUGGAACGCCACAGUAUGUGGCGCCAGAGGUGUUGACCAAGGGCGAGAAGGAGGGCUAUCGCAAGACUGUGGACCUGUGGAGCAUUGGCGUCAUCGCCUACAUCAUAUUGUGUGGCUUCCCACCCUUUGGCAACCCAUCGGACAAGGACUUCUUUGAUCGUGUGAAGAAGGGCGGCUUCUCAUUCCCCUCGCCCUAUUGGGACAACAUAUCGCUGGAGGCCAAGGACCUCAUUAUGAAGCUGAUCGUGGUCGAUGCAGAUAAGCGUCUGACCAUCGAGCAGACACUCGAUCAUCCCUGGUUCACCAAUCAUGUCGAUGAUCUGGAUAAGAUCAACAACACAAAGGACACUUCAUCGGAGCAAGUGGAUGAUGAUUCCACUACUACCACCACUUCAUCGACAUCAACAGCGGCAGUGGCUGUGGCAAUAGCAGCUACACCAGCCAAGCCUGAUAAUGACAAUGACAUAUCGAUGGAGAAAGAGACAGAUUCAAAGCCUGAAGACGACCUAGCUCAAGCACAAGUACCUCAAACACAUGCUCAACAAGUACCUUCAGGCGACGCACCUGCACCCGCCGCUGCCGCACCCUCAGUAGCCGUUUCUCAAAAGAACACCAAAGCCAAGAGAGCAUUAAGUGAAGGCAAUGACAGAGAUGAUGAUGGAAACCUUUACCAAGCAUUCAAGAAGGAGCGAAGAGAUGAUGUUGCUGAGGAUGAAGAUGAAGAAGAGAGUGAUUGA